AUGAAGGAGUCGAGCAAGAAGAAGAAGAGGCCUCUGGAGAAGGACGCAAAGGAGAAGUCCAGAUCUAAGAAGGACAAGAAGGAACGCAAACAUGGCAAGCGCUUGAGGGAGGGCGAGGACCGAGAGUUCGUUGCGCAGCGUCCCUUCGCCGGGACACUGGCACAAAGCUGGGUGGCCAUGUCCAGAGCAAGCGCCAGUGCAGAGGUGCCCCUCUUCGCAAGUGCAGAGGAAGCUUUCCACAGCCUUCCUGCUCGAUACGCCAGUUUCAGUGAGGCAAGCCUCCCGGUGGACCGCGCAGAGCGGCAUGCAGCUCUGUCGGCGUUGGCGGAAAUUGCCACAGGAUUCAGCCCCGCAGAGCUGGGCUUCUUCGCACGUUCCCUGGAACUGGCCCUGGUGGAGCGACGGAAGGGACAGGAGGUCACAGCUGGGCCGACCAGGCCGACCCGGGCACGGCCCCUCUUCCCGGACGCACCCAUGCCGACACCACCUUCAGCAAGGCCUCCAGCACCGCCGCCGCCUCCGUCUACGAUUGGCGCAAGUCCUGCUCCUCCGAAGCCACCAGCACCGCCGCCGCCACCGGUUGCGAUUCGCGCAGUUCCUCCAAAGCCACCGACGGUGCCGGAACCGUCGCCGUCGGCUGCACCUUGCGGGGCUCCCGCUGAAGCCAGCCAAAGCCAAAGCAAGGAGCUUGCCAAGUACUCGACUUCAGGGCCCCUGCCGCCCGAGCCGGAACCAAAAGUCCUGGUCCCAGAUCCGGAGUCAGAGUCAUCUUCAACAUCCGAAGAUGAGAACUCGAAGCCUGAAGCACGUGCGCUGCAAAAGAAAGCUGACGCAGAAGCUGCGGACAAGGUUUACGAGCUUUGCCGGGCAUUGGCGGAGAAGCCUUGUCAAGUCGACGGCAAGCUGCAAGCGGCCAAUAUCAGGCAAUUUGUCAGAGAUCUGUUGGCAGUGGCUUCCCAGCCUCUGCACUGGGAGGAGGCAUGGUCCCGAAUGGGAAUGCCGGAAAGCCUGCGGUCUGAGGCGGGCAUUGCCUUCUUGAGCAACUUGCUGGAGUUUGCAUCCGGUCCAGUAGGAACUGAUCUGGAUGAUGCAGCAAGGGUAUCUGCCGGAGCCAUUGCUGCUCUUUCGAAGGGGCAUCGCCUCAAGAUGAGCCAGGUGGAGGACUUCCUAAUCAAACGAUUGGACUCCGACUCAAAGGAUCCACAGCUCUGGAAAGUCCUGUCCUGGCUCCUCUUCCAUUGGUUUCCUCAAGGGAAGACGGCAGGGUGGGGCUGGUGGCGUGUGGGUUGGUCAUGGUCUCAAUGGUGGAAAGUCGUGGAUCGCCUUCUCUGCCGGGCAGCUGAGACUGGCCAUGGCGAAGAGGCGUUCGGCAUGCUCAGAGCAAGCCUCUGCCGAAUGCAGGUGCAGCCACGCUGCAAGAAAAUGUUCUUGAAACCGCCGUUUGACGACGAGCGCCGACAGCAGUUGAUGUCCAGGCUUGCUGCGCUUCUGCCAGACACCUUGCCGGAGGACGUCUUGAAGAAGAAGCUGGAGCCCUUGAGAUUGUGA